GCAGGUACAGCUGCUGUGCGCUGAGGUGGGGGAGUUCUCCGAUCUGCAACGCAUUUCUGGGCAACUCUUGAAACUUUUGGACUGUGCAUUCACUGGGCGAGGUGCUGGAAUUCAGAAGUGGAUCCUUUGGAAGCGGACUUCCUCGCAAACAUACCCCACCCAACCCCGAGCCCCUCUCCCCGCUGCGCAGAGGACCUGGAUCUCAAGGUGUCUCCCAAAUUUCCGAGACUUUGGCACUGGAAUACAAUUUGGAGCCAGAAGUUUAUUCACAACCUUCUCCUGCUCCUGCCUUGGUCGAUUUUAUUUUAAGGAAGGGAUAUGUUGGGAUCUGUGAAAAUGGAAUCACACGAAAUUCCUGAGUGGACCAGUUUAUAUUCAGACCCUGGUGAGAUCUACCCUGCGGCGAGCAACGUGAAUCCCGGCCUGGGCUCAAUGAACAGUUACAUGAGCAUGAACUCCAUGGGGUCGGUUGGGAACCUGUCACCUGCCUCACUCAACAUGUCCUACACCAACCUGAGCCCCCCGCUCUCGGUCCUGCCGUCCACAGUCAGCCCGAUAACCAACGGGCUCUCGUCGGUGCAGAGCUCCAUCAGCCCGGGCGUCGGGCCUCCUGGAGGGCAGACUGCCCCCAUCAACUCAGUCUCCCCUUACCAGACCGUGAACCAGCCUCUGGCCUCCUUGGCAUACUCUCCAGGGUUGAGCAGGGGUAAAGAAGCCAAGCCCUACAGGAGGAAUUUCAGUCAUGCCAAGCCUCCCUACUCCUACAUCUCUCUGAUCACCAUGGCCAUUCAACAAGCCCCCAGCAAGAUGCUGACCCUCAACGAGAUCUAUCAGUGGAUUAUGGACCUCUUCCCAUACUACAGGGACAACCAGCAGCGGUGGCAAAAUUCCAUCCGCCACUCGCUCUCCUUCAAUGACUGCUUUGUCAAAGUGCCCCGCUCUCCGGAUAAGCCGGGGAAGGGCUCCUACUGGGCCCUGCACCCGGAUUCGGGCAACAUGUUCGAGAACGGCUGCUACCUGCGCCGUCAGAAGCGCUUCAAGUGUCAGAAGGAGAAGCUCGCUUCUCGCCCGGGUCUCGAGCCGGGUUCCAAGGGGCUGGAGGGAGGGCAAGACGGCAAGACCCCAAGUCCCAGCUCGGAGGACGCUGAAUCCAGUCAAUCGGACACCUCCCCGGGAUCGGAAGAGCAGAGGACUCUGACCGAGCUGCGGUGCCAACGGGUGGAGAACACAAACUCGGCGGGUGCAAACUCUCCAGCCUCCUUGCCCCAAACCAUGAGCCACCCCCUCCUGUCACCCUCCAUGCAGCACCUGCCCGACCUCCAGAGUGAGCUGAAGAUGGACCCUCACUACAGCUUCAACCACCCCUUCUCAAUCACUAACCUGAUGUCCUCUGAACAGUCCCACAAGAUGGACCUGAAGCUCUACGAGCAGCCUCUUCACUACAGUAACACGUACAACUCGCUGUUGGGCAAGACCGGCUUCGAAACUCCCGGUCCAAUCAACGACUCCGGUUCCUAUUAUCAGGUGAUGUACAACAGGUCUGUCCUCAACACAUCAUAAUGGCAGCUUGCACAUGGCCCAGAGCCUGGAAGUGCCAUCCAUUCCCUGUACUAAACCUCUAGAACUCUUUACCCGCUUUCUGUUCACCAGGGAGUCACUAACGCCACCGUCCCUCCACCCAUCCCUCCCUGACAAGAACACAAGAAAAUGGGAGGAGGCCACUCGGCCCCUCAAUCCUGUCCCUGUUAUUCAAUAGGCUCAUGGUUGAUCUCCCGCUCUCAACUCCUGUGUUUCAGUUCCCCAUAACCCUCAAUUCCCUGAACUUCAUAAUAUUCAUCUGUCUCCACCUUAAAUGCUUUGCCUCCAUUACACUCGGGCAGAGAAUUCCAGAGAUUCACCAUCUGCAGAGAGAAGAAAUUUCUACACACCACAGUCUUAAAUGUCCAGCCCUUGUAACCAGGUCCCCUUGUUUGUGACUCUCCCACUGAUGGAAGGGAGCGGGUCCAUACAACAGGAUUCCCAUUCCUGAAUUUACAGGACGGCAACUUUGAGGCAGGAUCCCUGACUUAGGGCAGAUCCUCAAAGGCACAAUCCCCAGGAGAAGGAUCCUUGGGAUUGGAAUGCCAGAGGCAUGGUUCAUGAGACUGGAUCUCUGCGGCGGGGUCACCUUUUGAUUGGCUGACACACAUUGGGAUUUCAAACCCGGUAGUGAGAUUGGGGUCAGACUUGUCUUCCUGAGUGCACUUCUGGGGAGGAAGGUUGGGAACAGAUUGGGAAGAGCCGUUGACAAGAUCUGUCCCUCCCACUGCUCAAAUACUGACUUGGAAAUGAUACAAGAAGUAGCGGUGGGAGUUGACCACACAGGUCCUCAAACCUGCUCUGCUGAUCAGUAAGCUCAGAGCUCAUCCGAGCCCCAGUUCCCCAUAACCCUUGACUAACCAGUAAAAUGCUCCUGAGAUUCAGAUAUCAAUAAAUCCUGGGAUUUAUCAGCAAGAAAACCUUCAAGUGUCUUCAAGAAGGAUGUACUGGCCCAGGUGACCCCUCCCCCAAACUGUGGCUGGGAAACGAUUGUUGAGGGAUGCUCUCUAUGAACCUUUGGGUGGAUUGGAGGGUGCUUCAGCUGUGAGGGCACCCUCUCACCACCCCCAACACCAAUUCAUUACCUUGUAAUCGACCCGCUCCAGGCAGACCCCCCAAUGAGUAAGCUUCCUCCUGAAUGGAGAUUGCUCAGUGAAUCCAACAGGUCCAAUAUUCCCAUCCCAUUGUGUUCCUCACCCCAUCAAGGCCACUGCCCCUAAUCCUACCAGCAGGAAUUUCCUGAGGUUGGAUCUCACACUGGAGAUAUUGUUUAGAUAAAUCAGCAAUGAUAGCUUGGGGAAUCCAGAACCGGGGCACAUAACUUCAGAAUAAAGGAUUUUCCAUUUAAACUUAAAGAUGAGGAGGGUUGAGAAUCUCUGGAAUUUUCCAUCCCAGAGUACUGUGGAUGUUGAGGGUUACUGGUUAGGAUGCUUUGUUGGCUUUGGGUUUGGAGGUGAAAGUCAGCCUGACACGCAGUUUUUAAUAAUAUUAUAUGCAUUAUAAUAAUAUUUAUUUGGGUUCUGCUUAUUUGUCCCCAUUGUUACACAUAACACAACCGUUCGCCAACAAGCAAAGAAUAAAAUUCCUGGGACCCCUUGAACUGUAUCCCAGCUUCAAAGAAUGUCCCUGAAGCUGUAACCCCUGAAAUUGUAUCCCAGUAAUAGUCAAUAUUUCUCAAAGUGUAUUCUGGUAAUAUUUAACUUCCCUGGAAUCGUCUCCGAGUCUCGGUCAGCACCUCUGGGACUGUAUCAUGGCAACAGUCAAUAUUCCUGGAAAUGUACCCUGGUAAUAUUUUACAACUGUACCUCAGUAACAGGCUGCCUCUCUGGAACUGUACCCCCGGCAAUUGUCAAACUGUUUCUCAGCCACAGCAGGUACCUCUGGAACAGCACUCAAGGAACAGUCAACAAUGAAACUGUACCCUAAUAACAGGAAGCAGCAUUGGAACUGUAUCCUGGCAACAGCCGGGACCUCAGGAACUGUAUCCCAGCAACCAUCAGCAACUCUGGAACUGUAUCCUGGCAACAGUCGGGACCUCAGGAACUGUAUCCCAGCAACCGUCAGCAUCUCUGAAACUGUAUCCUGGCAACAAGCCGGGACCUCAGGAACUGUAUCCCAGCAACCGUCAGCAUCUCUGGAACUGUAUCCUGGCAACAGUCGGACCUCAGGAACUGUAUUCUAUCAACAGUCGGCAUUUUAGGAACUGUAUCCUGGAAACAGGCAGCACCUCAGGAACUGUAUCCUGGCAACAGUCGGCAUCUCUGGAACUGUACCGAAAGUCGGGUGAAGUUCAGGACAGGCAGAGAGGGAGCCUGGUGGGGGGGAGAUUGGACAGCGAAUGGAGGGUGGUUGUGAGCAACCCAAUCACAUAUAUUUUCAAAUUCAUUUCAGCUGUAAGAGAACGAGAAGGGGCAGGGCCACCGUGUUGGUAUCACCUCUGCAGUUUGAACGUAGAAUAGACAGGAUUUUGUAUCUUUUAGUAAUUGGUUUGUGAGGUGUAUGUAGAUAUUGUCUUUCGGCCUAAAUGUGUAAAACAGAUUGAAUUUAAUUUUAUUAAGCAUAUUGUAAAUCUUUACAGAAUGGGUCUGGGUCCUUGAGAUUAGUUGCUGUAUUCAACAUGCUUGUGUUAGCAAUGUUUUUCUUUCUUUGUAUCUUUAAUGUAUCUUAGAAUAGUUGGUUGAACGUUUUAUUUAAUUACACAUUGAGAGAGGGGAAAGGAGGCCACAAUAAAAACCCAAGCAGUAUCAGAGCAACCUCCCUCUGACCAGUCCCUACGCCGCACGCACUUUAACUGGAGCCAACAGCAUGUGAGUCUAAAGUGAGAGCCAGAUGUGAUCAGGCCUGGCACUGCGGUACCGUAACCAGGCCUAACACCACAGGUGCUGUAACCAGACCUAACGCCACAGGUACUGUAACUGGGCCUAGUUUUGUAGGUGCUGUACCUGGGCCCACUAUGACUAGGCCUCAGACCACAGGCACUAUCAGGGGCCUGCUAAUGGAGAUGCUGUGCCUGGACCCAGUGUCCCACACACCACAAACCGCUGGUUACAGCCCCGGUCCUCAGGCAGAUACUGCCGGGUUUGCCAGCUCAGACCGUUGUCUGGCGAUGAAUGGCCUCCACAGGGAAGCCACCACCGUUCCAGCCUCAUGCCCAGCUGUGCUCCACAGGAGGUGAAACGUUGCUCUGUCCCCCAGUGGGUUUUGUUCCCUUCCCUGUUUCGAGCAAGUGAGGAUGAAGAAGAAUAUCAGUGGAGAGUCUUGUCUCUGGCAGGUCAUCUGAUGCUUCCGACUCCAUGUUAAA